AUGCAGGCGGCAGAGCAGCAACUGGAGGACGUGUAUAGAGUAGCCCCUGUGCCAGAGGAGUACAUGAAGUACCAGCUGCACCUGAACACAGGCCUGGAAAUGGACAAGAUAGACCAGUGGUUCAAGGACAGGCGCGGUGGCGCAACGGUGACAACGGGCAUGAAGGGCAGCGCAGCGUGGGAGAAGGAUCCACGCAGCCGGGAGCCGGCAGCGUCAAACUCUGUCAGCACGGGCCAGCCAAGGCUGCAGGUGCCGGCAGGUGCCGCCAACCCGCCGUUGCCGCAGCAGCAGCCGCUGCCUGAUCAGGGGGGGCAGCCUGCAGACCGGCUGAGGGGCGGCACUGGCACCAGUCCCCCCGAGCCCGGCCAGGGGUCGCGGCAAAAUCUUAUGGGUCCCCCGCAGCCGGUGGAGCGGCCCAGGAACGCCCCUGACCGCUCGAUGGAUGCCCAUGUGGGCAUGCCUGCCCUGGACUGGCUUGGGGAGCCCAAUGGGCACUCCCGGCCCGCCAACAGCAGCGCAGCAGAGGCGCCGUCGGCGUCGCGGCAGGCCUCCGGGGCUCUCAUAGAGACCAUGGACCACCCGAACAACGCCUCCUUCCUGCUCAGCUUCAUGGACGGGGCCCCUGGCAAGGAAGCUGACGGAAGCAAGGAGCACCUGCCGGGCAGCUUCCGGCCGCCGGCCCCCAAUGGCCGCAGCCUAGUGGCAUCGCUUCCAGCCAGCUACCCGUCGGCUUCUGCCGGCGGGUCGCGGCCAUCCAGCUCUGGCAGGUCUGCUGGGGAGAUGCCUCCGCCGCCAGCACAGAAUAUCAGCAGCCAGCAGCGAUCCUGGCCCGAUAGUGCAAAUGCACAUCGGGCCAGGGGGGGCCACUGGGGGGCAGCAGCGCUGGACCAUUUUGAUGCCCAGAGUGCCAGUGACAAGCAGAUGCGCGAGUGGUAUGGCAGCAGCGACCACACAGGACUGUCCUUGCCUGGAGCCAGCAGCGGCCUGAACAGGAGCUGGCGGCUGCAGCAGUGGGACAUUCGGGGCGGCCCGCCCACCUCACAGCCGCAGUUCUCUGGGGCUGACCCGCUAAUGUACCCUCUGCCCAUAACCAGCCACUCCGGCCAGGAUGGUUACCCUCAGGGGAGUGAUGCAUCGCAACAGUAUGAGGCGGCGGAGAGGGGCCAGGAGCUGCAGCGGAGCACGGCGUCGCUGCCGGAGCUGCCGCAGCACAACUACCGGCAGGAGCUGCUGGGCGCCUUCCCCUCGCGCUCCCACGACGGUCGCCGCUCCACCGCCGACCUCUCCUCCUGGCGCCGCCCCAACUUCUACAUCGGCGGCGCGCCCCAGCAGACGUUCAUGCCGGACAUCCCGGUACCGCAGAAUGCGCAGAACUCGGCGGCCGCGUUGCACUCGCCGCCUGGGCUGGCUGCACACCUGAGCGACCCCACUCCCCUGGCAAACCAGGCCCUGGCCUCUCUGGUGGACAACAUGGACAAGCGGCGGUCAGCGCCGCUGCCGCUGCCGCGCAGUGUCAGUGAUCUCAGCGAUACGCAUCAGCGCUUUGGUAGCGCUGGCGGCUCCGGCACCUACCUCGCCGACUCCCGCUCAGCUUCCGACGGCGCCGCGCACGCCAGCGGAGACCUGCUCCUGCCUGAUGACCCUGGUUCAAGCUCGGAGGUGCGCUUUGUGGAGCAGGACUUGAACUGUGUGGCGGGACUCAUUGGGCUGCAGACGAUUGCUUCUGUGGAGGAGCAUGAAGGCUCGCGCCAACUCUUCCUCUUUGAGCAGCUCACCCACCUGGACAGCCUGUCCCUGGACGGCAACGUGGCGGCCAACCCGGGGAAACGGAGGCGCGUGCGGCACCAGCAUUUCUGGCGCAACAGCGACAAGCUGCCGCCCGAGCACCGCCUCUACGUCACCUCCGCCGAUAUCAAGCUCGCCCUCGAACAGGCGGAGCCGGUGAAGCCUCGGCGGCAGAUAACGAGCGCUGAGCGCACCAACAUGUGGACGGUGUGCCUGACCAGCCAGGGCGUGCUGGGCUACCUCAACCGCCGCGUCAGCCCCCUAGGUGUGCGGCUGUUCAGGGCUGCACAGGAGCAGGCGACGGGGGGUCGAGGAGGGAACACCUUUGGGCAGCAGAAGACACCCUCCCUGCCAGCGCUGCUGCUGCCCAAGCCCAAGCCCCCAGCAGCCCCCAGCAGCGCAGAACCCAAGGAAGAGGACGACCAGUCAGCCGGCGUCAAGAAACGGCGCACCAGUUUGCGACGUGCCCAGCCUUGA